AUGCAAAUCAAGUUUGACGGGGAUAGUAGCCCCACAAAAUCAAAGUCCCCAAAACAAAAAUUACUAGCGCAAACAGGUCCUUAUGAUGAGAAAGCCAUUGAAGUUUUCUCUAGUUCGGGGGGAAAGGUGGUGGGCUCUUUUCACCUAGAUGUGCCAGUCCUACUUGAGGUGAUGAAGCUUGCGAAAUGGAUGUUCAGCCCAUACUUGGAGUGGAGCUACACUCUGGUGAAGUUUGGGAAGAUGGAACUGUUCAGGAGCUCCAUGUGGACCUUGACUCCCGAAAGAGACAUUUCUGGUGAUAUCAUUACUUGCUUUUCCCGGGUGUUGACACACGAGGAAAGGCAGCGACAAGAGGUUCCUCAAACGACUUCCAUUUGGUAUAUGCCCACUCAAAUAUCGGAGGCAUACUUGGGGAAAGGGAGGCCAGUGGAAGAUUACGCCGUAAGCCAACAAUGGGCUGAUUUCCACUUUGGGCAGUUUUCCUUAUGUGAACUGCUAAGUACUCUUGAUCACCUUUUCAAGUCCGAGAUAAAGCAACAUAAACAAAAUGACUUCCAGUUCUCCAACUUCAAGGUUUCAAUAAAGAGCGGUACACCCCAGCAGGACAAUGGGCAUGAUUGUGGAGUAUAUGUCAUGAAGUUUAUGGAGUCCUUCUUCAAACGGGAGGAAUCCAUGUCUCCGUUUGCUCCAGUGGAUGAGCGACUGAAGAUAGCAUGUUGGCUUGUAACACAUGAUCGAAACGAGGUGAGGGUGGUUGUUUUCGUUGACAAGGAAAAAUACUACAUGCAACGGACUCCUCUACCCGUAGGUAGCCCUGUGAAGACCCAUUCGAACCCUAGAUUUCAACGAAGAAGCUGA